CUCAGGGGCGGGCAAUGGCGCUGCUGAGGCCCGGGCCGGGCCGGCCCGUGGUGGGGUUCCGGUGUUCUGAGGGGCUUCUCUGGGUCUGAGUGGUUCUCUGGGGCGGCUUUUCCGUCUCCCGGUCCCGUCUCGUCUCCCGUCCCCUCAGCUGUGCCUCUGGCUGCCGGCAGAGAUGGACCAGCGGCUCGCCGAGCUGGUGGAGGAGCUCACUACCUCAGGGGAAUCGCAGCUGGAGUCGGGCAGGAUGAAAGAGCUGAAGAAAAUCUGCAAGUCUUCGGAGGAACACAUCAGCCACGCCUAUCACCUGCUGAUGACCCGGCUCAAUGAGGAGCACGCAGAGAUGCGAUUCUCGGCUUUCCAGAUCGUGCAGGAGUUGUUCACCCGAUCCCAUCAAUUCCGGACACUGAUUAUUUCCAGCUUCCAAGAGUUCUUGGAGCUCACGUUGGGGAUAGACCAUGAGCAGCCUCUUCCCCCGCCCAAAGAAGUGGCACAGAAACUGAGGAAAGCUGCCAUAAAGGCAGUGCAAGACUGGCAUGAGAAAUAUGGGGAGGCUUACAAGAAGCUUUCUCUGGGAUACCACUUCUUAAAACAGAAUAAGAAGGUGGAUUUUCAAGAUGUGCAUGCCAGAACCAUGGCUGAAAGGAGGAGGGAGGAGGAGAAGAAAAAACGAUUGGAUAACAUUUACAAAGAAAAAGCCAAAAGAGCUGAAAAAGAAAUGGAAGAAAUGUCCCAAGAGAUUGCCAGCACUCUGACAGAGAUGGAAAACUGUUUCCAACUUCUGAUGCCAGAUCCUUUUGACUUCAGUGGGAAUGACACAGAACUGGAACUCAACAAACAAACAGCAGCUAAUGAGGAUAGGCCUGGAUCUCCCCUGUCCUCUCAGAUGGAAGCUAAUCAGUCCUGGUUUGGACACAUGGAUGAUGAACAGCCAUGCUGCAGCAAGGACAUUGUUUCUGUUUCUCAGUAUGUUGGAACUGAGAGAAACAAAGAGUUAGAUGAGAAAGAGGACACACCUGAGCAGAAGGAAUUGGAUGGAGGAACAUGCUUGGAAGUUCAAUCUGAUGUCCCUGCUCUCAAUGAGGAUGAUUACCAGAUUUUUGUUAGGAGCCAUGGGCUUGUUUCACAUAAGUAUACUCUAGACCUUGAAAUCUCAACAGAUAUAAAAGUGCAGGAGAAUGAAGACAAUACUGCCAUAAUAAAUAAUGUCACUGAUGCACACAGACUCCUCAGAAAUAAGUUCUGGCCUUCUGUACAGUCCUGGAUUCAGUUAUUUACCAGGGCAGGAAUAAAUGAUGAUCGGCUGAGAAGUGCCAUUGAUCUCAAGAAUAAAUUGGAGACUGCUAUGAAAAAAUACAAGCAAAUGAACAUUUCCUUUAAAGAGAGAAAAAGAAAAGUGAUGAAAGCCUUGGAUGAUGACGAUGAGGAAGAGGAUGAAGAUGACUUUGUGGAGGUCCCUGAGAAGGAAGGUUAUGAGCCCCACAUUCCAGACCACCUGCGUAAGGAAUAUGGUCUGGAACCCUUGUCACCUUCUAAAGCACCAGAGAUGAAGACACCAAGACCAACACCACUGAGCUCCUGCACCCAGCUGGAAGGGAAUGAAGAUGAGCUGGAUCCAACCUGUGCAGCUGCCACACUGAAACUUAUUAGAGACAAACUACCAAAGUUACCAUCUCCAUGUGCCAGUGGCUCUUCAACUGCUGAGCCAGCAGCCUUGGAAGAGCCUGACAGUAAGAGAAGAAAACUGGAAGAAGAAAGAGCUAAAGCUCCCUUCAUGCCUUUUGGAUUAGAUCUUCACUACUGGGGACAGGAUCAGCCAAGUGCUGGGAAGAUUAUCAAAUCUCCCUCUGAGCAUCGGUUUUGGGCACCCUGUCAAGUAGAAGAAGAGGUGGAAAAUCAAGAAAUAACUGAAAUGUUAAAAACUAGAUAUAUAACAUUUGCUGGCAAGUUUGAACCAGUCAAACAUAAAUGUCGAGCACCAAUGCCAGAUGGGAGUCUGUGUGAAAGACAAGAUCGGAUUAAGUGCCCUUUCCAUGGGAAGAUAAUUCCUCGAGAUGAAUGUGGGAUUCCUGUUCAUCCAGAGGACAGAGCCAGAGAAGAAAAGAUGAGGUUUGAGAAGCAAGCAGCUCAGCCAGAGUGGCGAGAUCCAGAAUUCAUGAGAGAAAUUGAAGCAGCUACAGGAAUAGAUCUUGGUUCAUCUAAAAAUAAUAGAAAAGGAGAAAAAAAGAAAGGGAAGAAGACAAAAUACCCAAACCUGACAGACCUGAAGCAGCAGGCUAACACUUCUCGUUCCCGACUUGAGAAGAAAGUAUUUGAUAAAGGUGCUAUGAAACGGGUGGUGAAAGCAAUGAACCGAGUGGACCAAAGAAAACAUGAGAAGUUUGCCAACCAGUUUAACUAUGCACUGAAUUAACAUGUAAUAAAAUGAAGGGUAAAAAAAGAUUAACGAGAGUGCAACUGCACAGAACCUUAAUCACAGCUCUUAAUAUUUAAACUAAAAUACUGUGCUAAGUGCAUUUUACUAGGGUAAUUUUUAAAAUUGCUUUCAAUUUUACCCUAUUUAUUAAUGAACUGAUUUGAUAAUGACUUUGCCCAAGAUGUGGUGAUAUAGAAUGGAAUGCAUUUACAGAAGUUGAGAAUUAUUUGAAACUGACAUGAAGUAGAGCAUAUUUUAUUGUUUGUACAUACUUGGGGUAAAAUGUUCAGAUUUGGGGUUUUUUUCCUUCCUAAGGGACUCAUGUAACUUAUACCUCCUUUGCCAACAUGUGUGUUGUAGUUUCCAUCCACUUCCACAUCCUUCCACCUUCAGAAAAAAAGAUACAUUAGAAACAAUUAGAUUUCUACAAGAGAUUAUCAGGGGUGGAUUAUUUGCUCAUCCUAUUAUUCUAGAAAGUGCAGUGGGUCAAGUAGCACCAUGCCUCCUGCAGGACCUCUGAAGGACCUCUCGUGUACACAUUGAAAAAAUCCCAAUCAACUGGUGCCUUCAGGUAAUGAAUGGAACACAGUUUGAUUUCAAACUGAAAUCCAGGAACUGGUUCAAAACUGGGAGCUGUGGUGAUGGGAAAGCUGAAAUUACAAAGGUCAUCCUGGUCUGCUUCUUGUCUUCCCAUUAUGGUAUCCCAGUAUCUUUCAGAACUUCAUCUGGAAAGCAUGUUGUGAAAGUUUGUAAAGAUACUCAGAGUGCUGCAGCUCAACUGAUAGGAAAAAAAAAAACAACCCAAACAACUCCAGCACAGAGUGAAAGUGUGAGGUUUUAAGAAAAAGCAUUGAAGUGACAUACUGUACUAGUGAACUGCCUGGCUUGAAUCAGUUAAAAUUGCCUCAGACUCAGGCCUGAGAGUGCAUCUCAGGAUGAAGAUACUAACAGAAGCUUUUGGACUCUUCGAACUCCAGAAGGCUAACAUGCAUACUGAGAUCAAGCAGCUGGAUCCAGUGUGGUUUCUUGUUACUGGCUGGUGCUUAACCACAUCUCCCAAACCUGCUUUGCCUGGCUAUAGUCACAUCUUCAGCAGAAUGAACCAAACAUUGAUCACUUGUGCUCUUACACUGUUUCAUACAGCUUUCUAGGUGAAGGAAAUCCAGAGUAUCAAGUAUUUGAUACUUUGAAAUCAAUUUCAAAGUCAAUUGUGGAAGUCUUUGAUACAAUACAGAAUAUAAACUUAAAAGGAUUCUCUACAGCACUGGCUUAGUCACUCACCUGCUGGAGGUGUUACCUCGUGCAUUGAGAGCCUGUAAAAAUUGGAAAAGGAGAAAAUUUUAACUCCUCAAUGUAGCUUCUGACCUCCUCAGACAAAAGUCAAUUUACAGUUUUCCCAAAUACCUUUUGACUUCCACAAGUACUGCUUAGAAAGCAAUUAAUGCUUAAUCUUCCUAGUUUAUCUUGCAAGAGCUCUGCCUUUUAGAAACAUUUUCCUCUUCAACACAUGUUGUUAGAAGAUGUACUUCUAAAUUACCAAAAAAAAAACCCAACUAUAAGAAGCCAGAAUUUUAAGAGGUAUCUACUGCACUUGAAAGCAAAACCACUUCUGCUGUCAGUCUAGCUCUAAAUUGGUAGUGAAGACUUCAAGUGAAAAUGUAGACAGGGACAAACCAAGUUCACUCCCAGGUCAGCUGAACUGACUGAUAAACUGAUUUUUUUCUUAUGGAUAAAGACAAAAAAAACCCAAAACCCAAACCCAAUAAAAACCAAGCUGCAAACAUUUGAGUGUAAUAUAGAUCAUUGGAUGCUGGGAUCCCAGAACAUUCUAAAUGAAACUGUUCCAUCUUGGAGAUUGCCACUCAGAAGUGCCACAAAGGUCAUUGUGCCACUUUUCCAGAGAUUCUUGAACCUGCUCAGGCUGAAGGUGUUAAUUUAUAACACCUCAUGUUUUCUCUCCUCCCUGUAAAAGAGUGGGAAAUUUAUAUUGUGCAGUGACACUCUAACCCUUCUUUGCUGUGAACAUGAGAUGUCAGUGUUAGAAAAUUUCCAGCAAACAGUAGAUGCACUUUACACCAUGGACUUCCUGUUUUGGGCCUGUAGUAAAAUAAAAAAUAUAAAAUAAAAAAAAAUAAAUAAAUGAAUUAUAUAUUAUAAAAAAAAAAAAAAAAAAAAAAAAAAAAAAGACCAAAAAGGGAACUGGUAGAGGAAAAAAAGUGUGCUUAGUAAGUGAUGCUACUCAGUCACAUCAGUUCUAGAAUUAUCAGCUGAAACUUCCUAUCUGGACUUGAGUGUCUGAUCACCAGUUAAACCUGAUCCUCUCAUGUGAUUUCUUUUCUCUCCCACUUGCUUUAAAAAACACAGAUGCAUGCAAAAAGGUGAUUUUUCUAGAAGGCUCCUUUCAUGCACAAAGAGGAUUUGCAGAAUUAAGGUUUCCCAGCAAGUAACUUGGAGAUGGCUCAUUCAGGCUUGGGUCUGUGGACUUUGGGCCAAGUUAGUGCUGACCUUUUGAAAAGCUCUUGUUCUUUUCAUUUUUUCUGGCUUUGUUGCAAGAACUUUCUUUGUCAGGUGAGGAAUAUACCCGGUUGUAUAUGAUUUUUUUUUCUUCCUCUUUCUGCCUUGGAGCAAGAAAGUUUGUUGACUCUUCAUAGCACAGUGUGUUAAGCACACACCCUCUCUGGCACUGCCUUUCUGGUAGCCUGACCCC